AUGAAUUUAGUUACAAGCCGGGAGCUUGAAUGCGUCAAAUCUCUUGACUCCGACUAUGAAUCACUUACUAUCCUGAAGCAGAAAAAGCGGGCCAUUGACGAGCAAAUUAGCAGAUUCUGUCAACCAUGGCAAUCAUGGCAGUCAUGUGGGCCGUUUGAUCCCAGCUUCUGGGCACGGGCCGCUCGAGUAGAGUCAAUCUAUCUCCAAAGAUCUGAACUGGAGCGAAAGAUAUCACUGUAUUUCUUUGAAGGUGACGAAACCUCUUGGGAAAAAACGGAGGAAGCAAAAGCCAUCAUUGAGCAAAUUUGUGCUCGAGAGCAAAGCUGCAAGAUAUACGUUAAACGUAAAGUGAAGGGCGAAGAUAACUAUGCAGAGCAGCUCAUUUUUCGUGAUGAGCUGAUUGAACAAUAUCAAGCCCAACAUUCCAGCCAGCCCUGGCUUUGGUGCCCAAUUCUCGGCAGCUGGGAGCAUGAGUACAACGUCAUUGCCGUCCAGCUUUUCUCUUACAUGCAUGGACACGAAACCAUGGAUGCAAUUUUUGGAAAGAAAAGCUCCCUGGAGCUAUUCUCGGCCCAAAAUGGUCUUUUGAUGUCGAGGUCCAUGGAAGAACACUUCAGAUCUGGUAAACUGGCAAUCGUCCCUAGCAUCUCCGACUCGCUUCUCGCAAGAAUCUUAUGUGGUGACCUCGAGUAUAAAAUCAAAGUCAUGGAUCCAACAUGGGAGCUUCGGGACAAGUCUAUAAGCUCUCACCACGAAAGACCCAUAUUCGGUGCGUUCGAAAAUCGAAAACUCACCUUCGACUCUGAGAUCAGCUUGGCAACACAACUGCUCAGGAUUAGGAGAAAUAUCGAAAAUGAGAUGGAAACCCGAAAAGCUAUUCUGGAGUACUUCCGGAUGUUAUAUCCCCCGAUCAAUGCUACGGGUCUCAGUAAAGGAGCUUGA